GAAUACGUCAGCGCGUGCCUGGGUCGUGGGUGCCCCGCCUUCCUCAGCGCUUUGCGCUUGCGCGCACUGCUUCACACCCUCCCACCGCCAGCAGUUGCCGUGAUGUUGUGCCGAGUUGUCCGCACGUGCCGGCCUCUGGGCUCCCCGCACCGCUGCCUCUGCCUCCGUUCACCCUGCCGAGGGCAAGGCCGGCGCGCCGUCAGCGCCAGUGCACAGAGGCGAAGCGACUUUGUGAAAGAUCUAGAAAAGGAGUUUGUCAAAUUCAGGCAGAAAGCAAAGGAAGUACUUCCUGGCAGUGAUUGGAGUCCAUUGCACCAGACUCCUGGACUGCCUCCUGAGUGGGCCGAUAUUGUCAUUGUGGGAGGAGGGAUAGUUGGCUGGUCCACUGCUUACUGGUUGAAGAAAAAAGAGGCAAUUCGGGAAGGGGUCCGAGUGGUGGUCGUAGAGAGAGACCCAUCUUAUGCCAAAGCCUCCACAGUCUUGUCUGUAGGAGGCAUUCGCCAGCAGUUCUCUCUGCCAGAAAAUAUCCACCUGUCCAUUGAAUCUGCUCACUUCCUUCGCAAUAUCCAGGAGCACUUAAAUGUGGUGAAUGAGGAACCUGUGGAUAUCCAGUUCAACCCUACAGGCUAUCUCUUUCUGGCUGGACAGGAGCAGAGUGCAAUUUUGGAAGAAAACUAUCAAAUUCAAAGAGCUGAAGGAGCAGCAGUCACUCUGCUCUCACCCCAGCAAUUACAAAGGAAAUUCCCAUGGAUGAACACAGACGGGGUUGCUAUAGCUUCAUAUGGUCUAGAGAACGAAGGUUGGUUUGACCCCUGGCUGCUGCUGAAUGCUUUCCGAAGGAAGGCAAUAUCAAUGGGCGUGUUUCCAUGUUAUGGAGAGGUGAUAGGUUUUCAGUCAUCAACCAGAGAGAUGAAGACAGAUGAUGGUACGAGUGUCUCACUGAAAAGAAUUCACCAUGUCAAUGUGCGGAUGCCAAAUAGCAUAGAGUACCAACCAGUGGAGUGUGCAAUCAUAGUCAAUGUGGCUGGAGCAUGGUCAGGAAAUGUGGCAGAGAUGAUUGGCAUUGGUAAUGGACCUGAAGGCACCUUGGAGGGCAUAAAACUCCCAGUAGAACCCAGAAAAAGAUAUGUGUAUGUCUUCCACUGCCCAAAUGGUCCAGGGUUGGAAUGCCCAUUAAUUGUUGACCACAAGGGAGUUUACUGCCGUCGAGACGGUUUAGGAGGAAACUACUUGGGAGGACUUUCUCCAACCGAGGAGGAGGAACCAGAUAUCAGUGAUCUGGAGGUGGAUUAUGAAUACUUCCAUAACUCAGUUUGGCCCACACUGGCUCAGAGAGUGCCUGCCUUUGAGUGUUUGAAGUUGAAAAGUGCUUGGGCAGGUUACUAUGAUUACAACACCUUCGACCAGAAUGCAAUCAUCGGCACUCAUCCAUUGGUUGCCAACAUGUAUUUUGCAACCGGCUUCAGUGGGCAUGGCAUACAACACUCUCCUGCUGUGGGCAGAGCUAUUGCUGAACUCAUUCUGGAUGGAAAGUUCAAAACACUUGACCUAAGUGCAUUUGACUUUAUCCGAUUCUUCAAAGGAACCAAAGUACUGGAAAAUAACAUAGUGUGAAAUCCUGCAAACCUGUUGUGAUCAGAUAUCCUAAAAGACAUCAGAGGUAUUAUUUUUGAUUGACAGUUACAAUUCGUCUCUACUUCACAAGACGUAAUCGUGGCAAAUCCUGGUCCUUCGAUAUGUAGAUGUUGGAUACCUUUGAACUGAAUUUUUAAAAGCAGUUUGAAUCUCCUGCAAUUUGUCUUCCCAGACUGAUCCUUGGCAGAUUGCAGACUAAAUGAUGGACCUGUGCUCUUUCAUGAAUUAUUGCAGUGUGAUCUAGCAUUCGGUUUUUAAAAAAUCGAGACCUUUAGCAACAUUUACAAUCAACAUUUCUAUAUCUGCACUUUUAUUUGAUAUUUACUCUGCCAUGGUGCAAUAAUUAAAAAUUUUAUUUGUUCCAA